AUGCUCCAGGAGAAAAGCUUGUCAGACGUGGAGGAUGGGUUUGCAGUGCCUCAAGGCCCUGGCCAGGCUGAAACCACAGGAGGAUCUCCAGUUGUUGGUGUUGCAGGAGUCAGCAGUACACCCCUGAACAGUCCCCAGGUCUCGGAUGCAGAGCAGACCAUCGAGAACAUCAAGGUGUAUUUGCAUGAAAAAGAGCUAUGGAAGAAGUUUCACGAAGCUGGGACUGAGAUGAUCAUAACUAAAGCCGGGAGGAGGAUGUUUCCAAGCUACAAAGUGAAAGUGACAGGGAUGAAUCCCAAGACUAAGUACAUCUUGUUGAUUGAUAUCGUCCCGGCAGACGAUCAUCGAUACAAAUUCUGCGACAACAAGUGGAUGGUGGCUGGCAAAGCGGAACCUGCCAUGCCUGGACGGUUGUACGUUCACCCCGACUCCCCGGCUACUGGAACUCAUUGGAUGCGACAGCUGGUGUCUUUUCAGAAGCUAAAACUCACGAACAACCACCUGGAUCCCUUUGGACAUAUCAUUCUUAAUUCCAUGCACAAAUACCAGCCCAGGUUGCACAUCGUGAAAGCGGACGAGAACAACGCAUUUGGCUCGAAGAACACCGCUUUCUGCACUCACGUGUUCCCAGAAACAUCCUUUAUAUCUGUGACAUCCUACCAGAACCACAAGAUAACCCAGCUGAAGAUAGAGAAUAACCCGUUUGCCAAAGGCUUUCGAGGAAGCGAUGACACUGACCUCCGCGUGGCAAGAUUACAAAG